CGGCGCUGAAAAGGAAGGAGUAGUAGUCAUACAAACUAAGCACGACUUGCAAGGUGAAGCAGUGUGAAGUAAAACAGCGUCAAUCUAGUGACUUUGCUUUCGGGCAUUGUGAUUCAUCGCAGCGUUUGGAACAUGGCAGAUAAAGAGGUGUAUGACGAUGCAGUGGAAGAAAGGGUCAUCAACGAGGAGUACAAGAUUUGGAAGAAAAACACACCUUUCCUCUAUGACCUGGUAAUGACUCAUGCACUGGAAUGGCCCAGUCUUACUGUCCAGUGGCUUCCAGAUGUCAGCAGGCCAGAGGGGAAGGACUACACUGUACACAGGCUGGUUUUGGGGACACAUACAUCAGAUGAGCAGAACCACCUUGUGAUCGCCAGCGUCCAGGUUCCAAAUGAUGAUGCCCAGUUUGAUGCCUCACACUACGACAGCGAGAAAGGAGCAGAAUUUGGUGGUUUUGGCUCAGUUAGUGGGAAAAUAGAGAUCGAGAUCAAGAUUAACCAUGAAGGAGAGGUGAACCGAGCACGCUACAUGCCCCAGAAUCACUGCAUCAUUGCCACCAAGACUCCCACCUCUGACGUGCUGGUCUUCGACUACAAUAAGCACCCGUCUAAGCCAGAUCCCAGUGGCGAGUGUAGUCCGGAUUUGAGGCUGAAAGGCCACCAGAAAGAAGGGUAUGGUCUUUCCUGGAAUCCCAACCUCAGUGGCAACCUACUCAGUGCUUCAGAUGACCAUACUAUCUGUCUAUGGGACAUCGGGGCCAGCCCAAAGGAAGGGAAGAUUGUGGAUGCCAAGACAAUUUUCACUGGCCACACAGCAGUGGUGGAAGAUGUUUCCUGGCAUUUGCUCCAUGAAUCUCUAUUUGGCUCUGUGGCGGACGACCAGAAACUCAUGAUAUGGGACACUCGGUCCAACAACACAUCCAAAGCCAGCCACGCAGUAGACGCUCACACUGCCGAGGUCAACUGCCUGAGUUUCAACCCCUACAGCGAGUUCAUUCUUGCCACUGGUUCUGCUGAUAAGACUGUUGCAUUAUGGGAUCUAAGAAACCUCAAACUGAAGCUCCACUCCUUUGAGUCCCACAAAGAUGAAAUUUUCCAGGUACAAUGGUCCCCUCACAAUGAGACAAUCCUGGCUUCCAGUGGCACAGACCGACGUCUCAACGUAUGGGAUCUGAGUAAAAUUGGUGAGGAGCAGUCAGCAGAGGAUGCUGAGGAUGGCCCUCCAGAGCUGCUGUUCAUCCACGGUGGCCACACAGCCAAGAUUUCUGACUUCUCCUGGAAUCCCAAUGAACCCUGGGUCAUCUGCUCAGUCUCUGAGGACAACAUCAUGCAAGUCUGGCAAAUGGCGGAGAAUAUCUACAAUGACGAGGAGCCAGACAACACCCCUGCAUCAGAGCUGGAGGCUCAGGUAUCAUAAGCCAGCUGUGCACGAGUCUCUCUCUGCAGGCAAGACCCCUUCUUCACUCCCUGAGCUCCAGACCCAGCCCGGCCUGUCGUUUCCCUCUCUGGCUUAUCUUCGAGUGCAAAUUGAAAAGUCUACUCUCCACAUUAAAGAACACUGUUGA